CUUCGUGUCAAUUCGUCCUCAAACUACAAGUAUCCCCAAAGUCGAAUCUUGGCUGCUCCGCGUCGAACCCCGACCGAUGAACCGAGGCCAGCCGUGGCACCCACAAUAACGAUAUGGGUACGGAUUUCGCCGAUACCAGCUCCCACUCUUCGUCCGACGACGACGACGACCCCGAGGCCGCCCUAAACCCCCACGGGGACGAGAACGAUACCGUGGCGCCUCUCUUUCGUCUCCGGCGGUUGCCUCCCCAGGGCGGGGAAGAUGGCAAUGCCGUGUUGCUGCCCGGGGAGGGCACCGUCAUGUCGGUCUACAUGAUGAUGCACAGGAUCCGGCGACUGGUCAUCGCAGCUAUCGACGACACCUACACCCUGGAGGAGCUUCGAGCGCCCCAUAUGGACCACCAAAUCGUACGGCCACUCGUCGACCGGUUAUACAAUCCCGAGGACCCCGCCAUCGUUUACUGUCUUGUCGCCAACAGAGUUCAGUUCCUCCGUCCUCGCUCCGAUGAGGCCCUCUAUCAGGGCGUACACGAGUCGCGUGCCAUACUCUGCGAGCUUCUCGCAACUCGCAUCUUGCGCCGUUUCCACGAAGACCACCCGGGGCGCUCGGGUCUGCUGCUCAUCGCCAAUAUUCUAGUUUCCGGCUUCGACCCUUGCGACACAGCACCCGAAACUGUGCGAUCUCGCCGUCCACAAUGGGCUAUUCAGGAACGGGGCGGCCACGAGCGGAAGCUGACGGCCCUCGAACUUGCCAUCAUCUCCGAGAGCAAGUUCCUCAUCAAGUCGCCCGCUUGCCAGCUCGUUGUGGACGCUGUGUAUAAGGGGGUCGUGGUGUAUACGCCCUUGUCUUUCGUCGACUUCCUCCCAGACCACUACAAGUACCACCCCGUCUCGCUGUACGAACCCCGCCGAGCCGCCAUCCUCAACCACCACCGCCUCAUUGUCCCUCAGCUGAGGAACGUGAUAGAGCUGAUGCACUUUGGGGUCCUCCUAAUCCUCUACAUGCUGACCGUCGCGCACUACGGGUUCGGAAGCGACAUGGCCGGCGUCCGUAUUUACGAGACUGUCUUCAACGUUUUCGCAGCGGGGUGGGUACUGGAGCAGUUUGCGGCCGUUGUUGAACAUGGUUGGGAGGUCCAUGCCCAGAACCUGUGGUCGUUCCUCGACCUCACCUUUGUCGCCAUCUAUGGCACCUACGGCCUGGUACGCGCCGUUGAGCUGUUGGUUUCCGACGACGCCUACUACGCCCUCCCAGUACUGUGCACCGCCGCCCCUGUCUUGCUGACGCGGAUCGCCUUCGCCUUGAUGCCCGAUAACAUCGUCUUCAUCGCUCUUCACGCUAUGAUGCGUGACUUUACCCGCCUCACAUUUAUUGCCAUCUGGUGUUUUGCCGGUUUUGUCGUGGGAUUGCUGUUCCUCGCCAGGACCAGCGGUGAAGGAUCGCUCAACACCGGUGUGACAUGGGCCACCAUCACCAAAUGGCUGCUAUGGAUCUGGUUCGGGCUUGACGGCACAGGGAUCGAGCGCGCAGCCGACUUCCACCUAAUCCUCGGUCCGACCUUGAUCAUCACAUUUGCCUUCCUCGGCAACACCCUAUUCCUCACCAUCCUCGUUGCCAUUUUGACCAACACCUUCUCCAAGAUCAUCUCCAACGAAGCAGCCGAGGUCCAGUUCCGUCGCGCCGUACUUACCUUCCAGGGCGUCAAGAGCGAUGCCAUCUUCUCGUAUCCGCCACCCUUCAACAUAGCCGCCAUGCUGAUUCUGCUGCCCAUCAAGUUCCUGGUCGGGCCCCUCGCCUUCCAUAACAUUAACGUCGCUGCCAUUCGAGCCGUCAACGCUCCGGUUUUACUACUCAUUGGGUUGUGGGAGCGACGGAGCGUGUGGGCCCGACGGUCCAAGUCGUCCAGAUUCAGAUCCUGGAGGUACUUUCCUGGUCUGUCUCCGCACGGCGACAUCCAGGUCGUGUUUGGCUCAGAACCCCCGCCCGACGUUGUCGACGCGCUGGAAAAGAUGGAUGCUCUGCAUGAGGUCGGGGCUGCUGCCGACCGUGCGGCCACCAUGCACUCGCCAAAGGACGUACGCGGUCCCGCCUCGGCUGUACGGAGGCGAAGAACAUCCAAUAGCAGCAGUAUUAGACGGCUUGACACAUGAGGAUAGAAGGCUUGAUUCCUCUAC